AUGAACGUCGUAGCCUUAUUUGGUACGAGGUUUGUUCAUAGAGUUCCAUGUAUGGUGGGAGUUUGGAGGAAAUUGUGUGACUAUAGCUCUGAUGGGGAUGCGAUGAUGGAUAAUGGGUUCCAGUUGAUUGAAGAGCCCCUGAAGAGGACGUGGGGGGAUAGGCAGCGAGGUAGGUUCGAGGCUGAACGUGUGAUCGAAGUUCUAAGGCAAGAUGGUCCUGGAGUCGACACCAAAGCAGCGUUAACCGAGCUUCACAUAAAGGUGUCGUGGAUUCUUGUGAGAGAGGUUCUUGUGGGGAUUUUGAGGACCAUAAGUCCUGACAACAAAGCGAGGUGGGCGAAGUUGGGGUAUAAGUUCUUUAAGAUUUUUGCAGACUGUGAUGAGUUCAUGGCCAUGUGGAGGGUGGUCGAGGAGAUGACCGAGAGUGGUUUCCCAACUACGGCACGAACUUUCAACAUAUUAAUUUGUACUUGUGCUGAGGCAGGUUUGGCUCGAAGGGUUGUAGAGAGGUUCAUUCAAUCAAAGACGUUUAAUUACAGGCCGUUCAAGCACUCUUAUAAUGCAAUUAUCUACUCGCUUCUGAAAAUGUUGGGCCAGGGUCUUUUCCCGGAUGUUCUAACUUAUAAUGUCAUCAUGUGUGCAAAGUAUCGGUUAGGGGAGUUGGGCCAGGUCUGGAAGGUGGUGGAUGAGAUGGUGAGGAAUGGAUAUUCACCGGACUUCCAUACCUACAACAUAAUUCUUCAUGAAGAGGGUAUUGGUCCUUGUGUACUCCACUACACCACGCUAAUAGAUGGACUGAGUAGGGCUGGGAAUUUACAAGCAUGUGAAGGGUUUUUGGACGAGAUGAAGAAGAAUGGAUGUCUGCCUGAUGUUGUUUGUUAUACUGUAAUAAUCACAGCAUAUGUAAUGGCUGGAGAGUUUGAAAAGUCUCAGGCCAUGUUUGAUGACAUGACCACCAACGGCCAACUGCCAAAUGGAUGUAGUCCGACUUUUCUUGUCUACAGAACUUUAGUUAGCAAUUUGAGGAGUGCUGGGAAGUUUCGUGAAGCCCGCAGCAUAAUUGAGCAGAUGGUUGAAAAGGGGCGAUAUGCCCAUCUAGUUCAAAAGAUAAGGGGGAACAGGCAAAGCUGA